UCAGUCCCUGCGUGCCCAAACCUCCACCAUUCAUGGCGAAGCCGACCGUGGUGCUGCUGCCCGUGUGGGGUGAUGGCCACUUCAUGCCCAUGAUCGAGUUCGGCAAGCGGCUGGUCCGCGCCAGCGGCGGCGCCAUGUCGGUCACCGUGCUCCUCAUGCCGGCUCCGACGCCGCAGGCGGGGUCCGACAUUGCCGACCACGUGCGCCGGGAGGAGGCCGAGGCCGCCGCCGCCGCCGACGGCGGCGGUGGCAUAAGCUUCAAGCGGCUCCCCGCCGUCGAGAUCCCCACGGACCACACGGGCAUCGACGAGUUCAUCUCCCGCGUGGUGCGGAGCCACGUGCCCCACGUGAAGGCGGCCAUCGAGGGCCUCGCGUGCCCGGCGAAGGCGCUCGUCUUCGACAUCUUCUGCACGCCGGCGCUCGACGCGUCGCGUGACCUCGCCGUGCCAGCGUACGUGUAUUUCGCCAGCGCCGGGGCGACGCUGGCGCUCUUCCUGCGCUCGCCGGCGAUCGAUGAGGAGGUGGCCGGCGAGUUCGAGGAGAUGGACGGCAUGCUGGACGUUCCCGGCCUGCUGCCGUUGCCGGCGACGUCACUUCCGGACACGCUGCUGGACAGGAAAAUGUCAACCUACGAAUGGUUCGUGUACACCGGAAGGCGGUACAUGGAUGCCACGGGCUUCAUCGUCAACACGGCGGCGGACCUCGAGCCGAGCGUUCUUGCCGCCAUCGCCGACGGCCGGUGCACCGGCGGCAUCCCUGCCCCGACGGUCUACCCUAUCGGCCCAGUGCUCGCGCUCCCCUCGCCGCCGGAGCAGCCGCACGAGUGCGUGCGGUGGCUCGACUCACACCCACGGGCCUCGGUGCUGCUCCUCUGCUUCGGGAGCAAAGGGGUCCUGACCCCAACCAUGGUGACCGCGAUCGCCGACGGCCUGGAGCGCAGCGGGCACCGCUUCCUUUGGGUGCUGCGCGGGCCGCCGGUGGACAACCGCGACGGCGCGCGCCACCCCACCGACGCCGCGCUCGACGAGAUGCUCCCCGAAGGGUUCCUGGAGAGGACGAAGGGCAGGGGCCUCGUGUGGCCGACGAGGGCGCCGCAGAAGGAGAUCCUCGCCCACGCCGCCACGGGAGGCUUCGUGACGCACUGCGGCUGGAACUCGAUCCUGGAGAGCCUGUGGUUCGGCGUGCCCAUGCUGCCGUGGCCGCUCGCCGCCGAGCAGCACCUGAACGCGUUCGCGCUGGUCGCCGGCAUGGGCGUCGCCGUGCCGCUGAAGGUGCACAGGAAGCGGGGCAACUUCGUGGAGGCGGCGGACCUGGAGCAGGCGGUGCGGGCGCUGAUGGGCGGCGGCGAGGAGGGGAGGAAGGCGAGGGAGAAGACCCUGGAGCUCAAGGCCGUGUGCCGCAAGGCCGUGGAGGAGGGCGGCUCCUCGCGGUCGGCGUUCCAACGUCUCUACGAGGAGAUCCAUGGCGGUGGCGCAGAGCUCUCGAGCAAGAACGAAUCGGUCAAGGCAGACAAGGCUGAAGGGCAUGUGAAAAGAGCUACGUAUGCUCACUGAACCGGGAGUCCAUCGCUUCUCUGUUCGUAGUUCCAUUUGUUCGAUUUCGUUUCGCGGUAUUCACUCUACUGGAGCACGGUGUGUGGGAAAGUAUUUUCAUGACUCGGUUACCUAUCAAGUUCUUUUUUAUAUGUUAUUUAAAUAAUUGUUAAAGAAUCUUAAAAAAAACAAUUUACAUGUUUAUGCAA